UCCUUUCUAAAUUCAAUUUUUCCAUAUCUCUCCCUUCAUUGCAUGCAACAAAGUAGAGGAAAUCCCUCUUCUCCUCUUGAAAUCUUUUGAAACUUCCAUGUCCAUCUUUUCUUGGAGAAAAAUGGGCAGUUGUUUAGCUCCUUGUGUUAGACCUCCCUCUAUAGGUUCAUGCAUUAGAAUUGCUGAAGCCAAUCAAGAGAAAGUUUUGCAGGUCGUGAAAACAGAUGGAAAGGUUUUGGAAUUCAGCACUCCAAUUCUUGUGAGAGAUAUCUUGGUGAACUAUUCUGGCUCAGGAAUUGGUCUCACACAGGAGGAUAUAGAGCAUCAUCUGCCACCAGGUUACGAGUUAAAGCUCGGGAAUGUUUACUAUAUUCUUCCUUCAGCUCCAGUGAUUUCACCUGUGAUUGACGUCAGAGAAGAUCAAGCCAGUGGAGGUGUCAAGAAGAUUAAAGUAGUUAUCACAAAGCAACAACUUCAACACCUUUUGACAAAGGAAAUAUCUGUUGAGGAGGUUCUGUUGGGGCUAGAGCAGAAAAGUUCUUCUCUUGAUUCUCCAAGAAACUGGAAGUCAAAUCUGGAACCAAUUCCUGAAGGGUCUGAGUAUAUAGCUUCGGAAUGUACACUUCAGGUUCUGGAUUUUGUCUUGUGUAUCUAA